GUACAUCAUGGAAAUAAGACGUGAAGAAGUAACAUUACCCACCUAUGAACAGUCGUGUGGUUUACCUAGCAAACCUUUGUGUUCUACGUUCUUUAAUGAUGCCCUUAAGGAUCCCAUAUUGAUAUUUAUAACGAUUGCAGUGGUUAUUGGCUCCUUUUGUUUGCUAAGUGGUUUAUUCCUAUUGUGUCUAGUUUCGAAAACUAUACAAGAUGAGAUGUCCGAAGCUAUUUUGUUAAUAGGCAUUGGUUUCUUUAUCUCAUCUGUAGCUUGUGUAUCUUGGAAAUUAACAACCCGAAGGCAAAUUUCACACUUUAUUGCCGCUAUUAAGGAAGAGACUGUAUAAAUAAAAGGAAAAUUCUACGCAAUAUUCAUUAACAUUUGAAUUUAAUAAUAACAAUUAAAUUAGUUUUAACAUUAACAAAGCUAAACGUUAAUAUUUUGUCAACUCAAAAGUAAUUUAUUUAAAUUUACUUAAGUGCCUUACUUUAAUUUAUUUAAACA